GUUAAAAUUUUAUCAAAGAAGUCGUCCACAAGCUAACGUCGUCACAUAUCUGUAUCCAGUGAGGAAGGAUUUUGCUCCAGCAGAAAAUGUCAUUUGCAAGACCACAUGAGUCAAUUUAUAAUCCGCCAUCGGAUAUAAUGGAUAUGUAUGAAAAUUUGGAAAUGGCUUUAAUCGUAACGUCUACAAAUGAAAACGAGACGAUAAGACAAAUACUCUGCACAUUUAAAUUAUUUAAAAAACAAAUAAUAGCUCAACAAUGUGUACAUCAAAAAUGGGAAAAUAUGAAAAAUCCGCUUUUGAAUAAUACUGAGAGCUUAUGUACAUAUAUAGGAUCCAAAAUAAUUAUAAGUACUAUUUUUCAAAAUUUGAUAUGGGAAGAAAAUACUAUUUAUAACCCAGCAGAUAUAAAUAUUGAAGAAGAUUACGCUUUGAUUUGCAAUUCAGUACAUCGCUUUGCUUUAACAACGGAAAUUCACAGAACUGUAGAAAAUCUAAUUGGAAGUGAUAAGCACACACUAUUGGUUGAAUUAUACAAAAGUGAAGAACCAGAAACUGUCUUCAUGCAGGGAGUACUGGAUUUAUCUAUAUUACUUUAUCCAAAUGUAAAUGUUGGCAGAUUCUCUAUGAAACUUAACCGAGUACAGAUGGUACGAAGAUCUAAAAGAAGAGGCACACAGUCAAUAAACAAAACAUUUUCUAAAAAAACAGUGGAAGAUGUUAACAAACUCACAUUUGCAAUCAUAGCAGUUUCAUUUCUGACACCCAUUACGGAAUUAUCCGAUGAAAUUGUAGAAUAUACCGAAUCUGAAAUCUCAAAAUUAAAUCUAACACCUAACAGUAUCAUUGAUUACGAUGUUGUACCACCACCGACACCACCAGAUAUUUCGCCAAAUGUACUUUACAGGACUUUAGAUGGCUUUAUUAGCUCCUUUACCGAAUGUGUUGUUAGGAAAAAAAAACCCGACUGUGGCUUUGUCGUAGAAACCUUAAAUGAUAUUAUUACAGCAAUAGUUUAUGCUCAUUCAAAACGUAACGUACCGGAAGAUUAUAUUGAACUUAAUGAGCUCUUAGCUGUCACUUAUAACGAUUUGGAAUUUCGAAUCAAUGAAAGAGUAAAAAAUUUCUUAGAAACAGAUUUGUUAAGCAAACUUUCCUAUAAAAGCAAUGAAACAAUGGUCUUUGAGCUAAUGAGUUGUAUGAAGUACAUGUAUGAAGCUGGUAAUGAGCAAUUUGGUAAUCAAUUGUAUAAUAAACUUCAAAAUGAGCAAAGUAAUAAUUUAUAUUAUCAAUUUUUCAUGUUUUUGUACAACUUAGAAAAAAGGAAAUAUUUAGAAGUUCAAACAUAUUUGUCUAAACCACAAGAACAGCGACUUUUUGGUACCGAGUACUUCGAAGAUUUAAUACAAAUUUAUAUAAAUUAUAUUGAGUCUCUACAAAAAACUAAAAUUAAUCAAGCAAUUGGAGAACUUAUUAAAGAACUAAGAAAUUUUGCAAAUAAAAAUUACAAAGAUAUUACUGUGUGGAUACUUUUGUAUUGUUUAUAUUAUAAAUCGUAUUAUAAACCUGGAAUCUCGUAUGCCAGGUGGAAAUUUAUGUGUCUUUAUGACACAAUAUGUACGGAGUUACCUGAAAUACCUAUAAGUCUUUGGCAAAUAUAUAACAAUCAUGAAUUAACUUUUAAAAGUAAAAGAUGCAAAAAUUUUUACAGAACAAUGAAAUUUCUUUUGCAAUUAGGGCUAUACAAAUUCGGGGAGUUAAUAUUUUUGCAUUUGACUGACCAAUUGCCAGCUAUUGAAGAUUAUAUUACGAUGAUUACAUUUACUUUAAUUUCUGGAGAAAGUAACUCAAAAUUUAAAAUAAGAAAUUUUGAUGGAUAUCGAAGUAAUACUCCUAGACUAGCACUUAUAUUGGAACAACUAAAUGGCUGUUUGGAAGAUUGUCGAGGUGAUUCAGAAGCAGCACAAAAUUAUUAUCAACUUAUACUCAGGAAUGAAGAUAAAUCUCUGAGCUAUGAAGAUGUCCAAUUGAGUUUACUACGUUAUGCAUUCGCUGCUUACGCCAAAGCCUCAUUUGAAAGUGCAAUUGAAUCUUUAAAACUAUUUAUUAUAACAGACAAAGAUAAUGUAAUUAUAAACUUGUUCAUAGGGAAGGCAUUUUAUAAAAUGAAACAAUUUGAAGAAGCAUUUGAAUAUCUUAAAAAAAGUACAUUUCAAGGCAUACAUAUGCCGGAGAUUUGGGUACUUUUAGCAUUAGUUAGUUUGCAAUUGGGGAAUAACUACAGUGCACUUGAAUGCUGGAAAUAUGCAAAUAUUAAACCUGAUACUCAAUUUAGUGAAGAAAUUUAUGAAGAAUUGAAAAAUAUUGAUGUCAGGAAAGUAAGUUUACAAGUAAAACGACCAAAUUCACAUAUUCCAUGUGUUAAAACAAAAUUUAAAAAGCUCAAACGAAAUAAAGACUUCUAAUAUUUCUAGACA